UAAAAAUCUGAGAUAUGAUAGGAUGUUACAUGACAUUUUUUUAUGGGAAAUAGACACACCUGGGGGAUAUGCUGGUCCAUCAAAUGUGGUCGUCAUCUCCAACAACAUCAAGAUUCAAGGAGACAAUAACUUGAGGAGAAAUGGCAUGCCAAGAAUUGCUGACUUCAUCUUUAGUCUUACAUGUUUUAAUACCAGAGCUUAUAAUUCUUUCUUAGUACAGCCUGAGCUGCUCACACUCACACCAGAACCCUCAGAAUGGCCAGGAUACCUAUUUGACAUAGGUGAGGUUAUUGGCUUCUUUAGAGUCGCCCCCAGUCAAACUAAGCGGAUGCGGAAGAAACGUAGUAGUAAGAAAAAUUUCGCCGUCAAAACCAAGAGUGAGGAAGAUUUCUCCAGUGCUUACUCGCACGUAUUCUGGGACGUCGACGAUUACCCGAUCCCCAAAGAUAUCGCGCCUAAUUGUAUUUAUCGCAACUUGAAUUUAGCUCUUAAGAAGAUGGGCUAUCAUGGUACUAUGGAAUUCAAUGCUUUUAGUGAGAAGGAGAUCCCCUUACUCUUAGGAUUAGAUGAAAAAUCGAUGGAUCUCCUAAGUAUCAUGUUCUCACCCAAAUGUUCACCUAAAAUAGUGUUAUGGGACAUUAUGUACCUAGUAAAUUCUUCUCGUCUGCGAUUCAAUGUGAUGAUAAUCUCAAAAAGACUCACUACUGAUGAGGAGUCCAUGAGGGUUCUUUGGGCUUUGAAAUCGAGAGGUACUAACGUUCUCUUGGUACAACCUCAUGAUGAAGCUGAAUCAGAAAUACCAUUUCAUUGUCCAGCCUCAAUAGCUGACUGUACAAGAUUUUUAAAUGGAGAAAAGCCUAUCGACCGUAAAAUUGUUGACUAUACUGACAAUACUUCUUGUACUAGCUGGGAAACUGACACUGAUCCUGAAGAAGAGGUAGACAUUUGGGUUUGAUGUAAAAGCAUUCUCACUUUUAUAUGCUAUUUACUUAUUUUUGUAUUGAAAACAGAACAUUCUGGUUUGAUGUUUCUUCUAUCUGUACAUAUCCCUUUCUUUCUUAAAGAAUGAAGUCUUUAAUUACUCGAAUAAGAUUACUUUUUUGUGUGGA